UUAACCCAGAUGCAUUUAAGAUGUUCGAUUGAUGUUAUUGCCUGAAAUUUAGUACGCCUAUGACGCAAAAAAGGAGCUAUUUUUCAAAUAAAUAAGGUCUUAUUUAUUGACCGUGUUAACUUUUUGGAGCCUACAUCGUUUGAAAGUCAGUUGUUUUUCCAUUUCAACGAUACAAAACUCAACCGAACCACCCUAAUGUUUAGCAGAUAAUAAUAUGAAAAUAUGAUUCCAUUUGCAGGCCUAAAGCCUAGAGGUCAGAUUUUUAUCUACGUUUAUUUUUAUUUUUUAAAAACUUAUUCAGAAACAAAGCCGAAUGUCUAAAAGCUAAGUGCAAGGAUAAACAUUACUAUUACAUUACAUGACAUUAGUAUAACAUAUAUUUUAACAUUUUCAUAUUGCACUUGCAUUUAUUGUUGUUGUUGCUGCUGCCAUCCAUGAAGACGAUGAAGAUUGUGACGAAGAUGAUGAUGGCUGCAGUUGAAAAUGUUAAAAAAGAUAUUCAAGAGGUCAACGAGCAUGUCGCUGUCAUAAGCAACACUUAACUAUGCGUAUCUCCAUCACAAGGGCGUGUUUCGGUGUUCGAGACCAAACUUCUAUUGGCUAAAAAGCAACCAAUCAGUGUCAGAGGAGAAAUUUCACUGUGGAAGUACUUAGACCAAAGACUAAAAUUUCAGAGUUGUUUGAUAAAGAUUUCUGGCACUUACAUAAAGACGGCAGCUUUCUCUGACUACACUUAACUAAAAGUUGUACGGAGGGGCAACAUUACGAGUUAAGGAUGUAUACGGCCGGACUCAACCCGUUUUACGCAUCGAAUUUUAGUCUUUGGUCUGCUUAUUGUGCGGGUGGCUUCGCUAUGGAUACAAUGAAGAAGCCCUCAUUUUGCAUUGCUGACAUUUUGCAGGUCGGUGAUGCUGAGAACAUCCCGGGAUCCUCGACCCUCAUGACUCAUAUGGGACACCGUUCUCAGGUUCACGCCUCUGGAUCGCCAUUGCGUCCUUCACCAGUGGGGCCAGAGCAGUCGAUCUACGGUGGGAGAGUGAACCCCGGGUCUCCGUAUCACAGACACGGAAUACACUUAACUUCGGUAUCUAGAACGAGUCUCAGCUCCCAACAAGCUCCCCCACCUUCAAGCAAGGACCUCAAGUUCGGAAUCGAUCGGAUAUUGUCAACAGACUUCGACCCCAAAACAAAAGACAUAUCGUCUUUAAGAGAUCUCACGUCCAUUGUUAGCUCGAACCGUCAGUCAGGGAUCCAGCCAGCGAGCCAGUACUUCGCAUCCAUAGACCCGGGGAUGAGCGACGCGUCCUCCAUGAUGAGCUCACUAAACAGCGCCAGGCAUUCAGGGCAGCAUCAGUUUCAGGACACCUUUCCAGGUCCAUAUGCUGUCCUUACUAAAGACACGAUGCCACAGACGUACAAAAGGAAGAGGUCCUGGUCGCGGGCGGUCUUCUCCAACCUACAAAGAAAAGGGCUUGAGAAAAGAUUCGAAAUACAGAAAUACGUCACCAAACCCGACAGAAAACAACUGGCUGCAAUGCUUGGCCUAACAGACGCACAGGUCAAAGUGUGGUUCCAAAACAGGCGCAUGAAGUGGAGGCAUUCGAAAGAAGCACAGGCACAGAAAGAUAAGGAGAAGGAGACCCCGGACAAGUCACUGACAGAGGCCGAGUCCAAGGAGCCGGAAGAGUCCGAGUGUGAGAGCGAAGCAAGCGAGUCCGAUUUCGAGGAUGGACAGGAGGACAAGAGUGACAUGGACAUUUCUGAGCACAACAAGACUAGUGUGAUCAUGACCGGGGCCAUCCCUGUGAGUACCGAGGAGGCGAACUCAGUCAGUGCCCUUACAGAAGCUGUGCCAUCAUCGCAAAUGUUAAUAUGAGUGCACAGUCAAAAGUUAUUUUUUUUAAUGUAAAAUGUAUAAUUUAAUAUAAAUAUUAUUUAGAAAAAUUGAUAUACAGAGCGGAGUUGUCGUAAAGUGGAGGGCCAGUAGGAUACUCUACAGCGUGUAUGGGAUAUUAUGACUCCCUCCAUCUUUCACCUCUGUCAGUCAGUAUUAGGCGAUGUGCAUGACUUUUUCCUCAACUGAAGGAAAUAUUCUGUUGUGAAUUUUAAUCUGAACCACUUAUUCCGUGUCCUGAAAUCCAAAAACAUGACACAAUGUUACAUGUAAUUUACUGUGGAAGCGUUGAUAAAUAUUGUUGUAUUAUAUGUUGGUCAAUAAUUAUUUGCACUGAAAAUAUUGUAAAUAAAAAGUUUCUUACUUUUGA